AUGUCAACCAGAAGUACAUCUAAUUCAAGAAGAGCUGGUACUACAUCAGCUAUGUCAGACAUCAAUCAUCCACGUCAACAGGACACGGCUGUCGCUUCUACUACUUCUGCUGCUGAUGCUGCUAAUGUGGCUGCUGCUGAAGAAUCUCAGGGUCAAGAGGUUUCUGGCAGUUCUUCGCAAA